AUGUCUGCAUUGAAGUCACCUAGAAUCGUCGAGGACGUUAGAUUCAACAACAAUGGAGAAGUGAAAUUGAAAGAUGUCACCAGCGAAGCCAAGUCGAGACAAAAAUUGACUAAAACUGAUGUGGUUCAACCACCACCUAGCACAAUUCGAACUGUCAACAUUUUCACCAUACUAAUCCAGCUUGUGCAUCGUUUUUUCACUGUUGGAUUGGUUGCACUGGGUGCUUCAGUAGGCAAUUUAAUCAUGUACUAUAUCAACCAUUUGAUUCUACUCAACCUAUUCUUCACCAUUGCCAUUUACAAGAAUGCAUUGUUCAUCUAUCGUUCAAUUUACUUAAAGUUUCUCACUUUAACUUACUAUCCAAAUAAAUCACCGCAGGUUAUUAGAGAUGAUGUGAACCAAUUGUCCAAGAUCCCCAAGUCAGUUUCGUGUAUUUUAGAUUUGAAAGAUGACGAUGAUGAAAACGGUGGUAAAGAUGGAUUAUAUAAUCAGAUUAGUGAGUUGGCUGCUUGGAGUGUCAGUGCAGGGAUCUCAAGAUUGGUCAUUUACGAAUACACCGGAUCAAUAAACCAAAGCAGUGAGUCACUUCUUGAUUUGAGCAAAAUCGUUACUCGAAAUUUGAUUUCAUAUUUUGGAUCUGAAGCUAUCCCCACAUUUUCCUUGAAAGUCCCACACAAGAACUUGAUUUUGUAUAGUGAUGAAUCUAUUAGUCUAUCGUCCACCGAAGCACCCAGAGAGUGCACUGUGGAUUUGGAAAUUGACUUGCUCAGUAGAGUGGAUGGGAAACCAACAAUUGUUGAAUUGACCAAGACAAUGAGUGAGUUGGCAGUCAAUAAAGAAUUGUCGGUGAAUGACAUCACGAUUGACUUGAUUGAUGAGGAGUUGGUGGAGCUAGUUGGACCAGAACCUGACUUGUUGAUUUCGUUCUCGCCAUCAUUGAACUUGGAGGAUUAUCCGCCUUGGCAUAUUAGGUUGACUGAAAUUUAUUGGGAACCGGAGAACAAGGAUGUGAGUUAUGCUGUGUUUAUUCGUGCUUUGAAGCAGUUUGCUCAAUGUAAAGUGAAUGCAGGUAAAUAG